ACUCUGUCUUUUAAGAUUUUAUUCCCAACACAACACACAAUGAACACGCAAUACAAGAUAAACGAUGCGUUCUCAGGCUCUAAUUGAAUCACUGUUUUACACUCAACUCGGAGAUUUUUCUGUGCAGAGAUCUGCAGAAGAGGAAGACGAUGCAGUGGUACUUGGUCGCUACGCUCCUCACCAUUCUCACCUGUUCUCAGGUUACUCACUGUAACCUCAAUGAGAAAGGGAAUAUUGACGACACUUUCACAGAGUAAUGGAGGGUAUAAGUAUGAUUAUGCUACUGUACCAUUUCUCGCUGAGGUUUUUAAGCUUGCAGUAUCGACUGGUUUGCUAUGGAAGAAAUUUCAGAAGUCAUCUCUGCCAAAGAUGACUACGGAGUGGAAGACUGUGGCUCUGUACCCCAUUCCUUCUAUUAUAUAUUUAAUUCAUAAUAACGUUCAAUUCGCUACCCUUGCCUACGUGGACACAUCAACAUAUCAGAUAAUGGGAAAUCUGAAGAUCCUUACGACUGGAAUACUAUUCAGGCUGUUCUUAGGCAGGAAGCUUUCCAACCUGCAGUGGAUGGCGAUUGUGCUAUUAGCUGUUGGGACAACAACAAGUCAGCUUAAGGGACAUGGAGAGACUUCACGCGACUCCCUUUUCUCUGCACCAAUUCAGGGAUACAUGUUAGGAGCUUUGUCUGCAUGUCUUUCAGCAUUAGCUGGUGUUUAUACUGAGUAUCUGAUGAAGAAAAACAAUGACAACUUUUACUGGCAGAAUAUACAGUUGUACACCUUUGGUGCAAUUUUCAAUAUGGCACGGCUUCUUCUGGAUGAUUUCAGGGGUGGAUUUGAAAAGGGACCCUGGUGGCAACGUAUUUUCAAUGGAUAUACUAUCACUACCUGGAUGGUUGUGUUAAAUCUUGGGUCCACUGGUCUUUUAGUUUCAUGGUUAAUGAAAUAUGCUGAUAAUAUUGUAAAGGUUUAUUCCACAUCAAUGGCAAUGCUACUGACCAUGACUGUAUCAAUAUUUCUCUUCAACUUCAAACCCACAUUGCAGCUUUUCUUGGGAAUUAUUAUUUGUAUGAUGUCUCUACACAUGUAUUUUGCCCCACCAAGUAUGCUAGUGGAUAUGCCAUUAACAGUAAGAUCAGAUGAAGAGAAGCUCAUAGAAGCAUCUGUUGAUCGUAGAGCACGUCCUUGAUGUUAUACUCUUGGUAAGCCAAUCUGUUGGAUUUUUAACCCCGGGCUUGCCCUUCAACUGUCCUGUGGCAGUCCUACAGUCCCUUCCAAUUUCCAAAUGCUUGGGCUUCCCUAAAUAGCUCAGUUAAAUUCUUGAUGUAUUGCCUAGUGCUAUAAAAGCGGAGGGAGAUAUCGAAGAAAAAGUUGGAUUCAACAAGAGUGCAUAGAAUGUGGUUUUGAUGGAAAUAGGAUCUUGCCAUUGGAUUUGGUGAGUGUUCAACAUCUCUUGCUGAUAUUGACCCCUGUGGCACAAGAAAGUCAUGGCACCAUAUGUGGUCUGUAUUUCUCUGUGGCCGGUUAUUGUACACACUGCACAAUUCUUCUUCACUAAUUAAUUUCAUUGGUGGAGUUAUUCACACUGGGAUGAGAACCAUUUUGUACAGUAGAUGCACAUAUUGAAUGCUUUCUGAUUAAAUUAGAAAUUGCAGGUCAUGUCCCACUUCGAAGGAGUGACUUUGUGGUUAUGCAGUAGUGAAUUAACUGUGUCUGCGUGACCAUGUUUGUGGUUACAUUAAAUAGACAGAAGCUAGUGGUGCUGAAUCAGCGUAUGCAAGGUGGGAAUUCUUUACCUCUCAAUUUAGUGUGGUGAAUUACCUUGUCUGGGGUAAAUACCAAUAGCGGAGGAGGUUUGGAAACCAUUAUGAGAUUAUAUUGAAGAGGUUUUUACUGUUUGGGGAGAAAACAAAUUUAUGGAUUCUGAGAGUAUUUGCUGUUAGGUGAAUCCAACAUGGAAAGUUAGUUGAUGGUUGUUAAAUGUAUUGUGCUGUCUUAAUUAAGUCUUGUGUUUAUCGUUGUGUCAGGUGGGGUAGCCUCCAUAAACUAGAUGCUUCAUGAGCCAAUAACUGAGAUUCUCUGCGGCUCCCGAAACUGUCAGUUUCAGAAAAAUAGACCUAAUAUAAUGUUUCGAUCUAGAAGAUUAUAGACACUUAAGAUUUUUGUGAUCUUUUAGACGUUGUAAAGGUUAGUGAAUAAUACUACCUCCAGUCUUUAAUAUAAAACCUUGUUUGACUUUUA